AAUCGCGCACGCGCAAUGCAGAGCGGAAACGCUGCCUUUGCACCGCAGCAUGGUGGAGUCAUGGCGUUGAGGAGCUUAUUGAGUCCUUUAAAAGGGGCAAAUCUCUGUGUUUUACAUUCGCAAAGCGGUCUUGGUGCUUGCAUUCUUCUGAACAGUCCUGUCCAGGUUCGGGGAUAUGCUAAGAAAGUCGCUGUUAAGGGGAAGGGGAAGGGCAUGGUGAAGGAUGUGCUGAAGGGUCCAGAAGUGUGCAAAGAUCCAGUGAAGCUCACAACACAUGCCGUAGGAGUGAACGUCUACAAACAGGGGGAAGAUCCACCACUUAAGCCGAAAGAGGAAUAUCCAGAAUGGCUGUUUCACUUGGACCUUGGUCCCAUCAAGAACCUCAGUGAGAUGGAUCCAGAGAGUCACGAAUACUGGAAGCGGUUACGGAAGGAGCACAUGUGGCGUUUCAAUAGACUGCACAAGGGCAAAAAGUUUUGAGAGACUAUUUUACAAGCCCUGACCAGACCAGGAUUUGAGGACUGCUAUAGAGCCUCAUGGAGGAAAGGAACCUGCUUAUUUGGGGCAUUUUUGACUUGCGGACAUUGACAUCUUGGCAUCUUUGUCCAUGUUUCAGCUCCAUGUUUAACACACUGUCAAGACCACUCACACUUGUAAUAAACUGUUUUUGGGUUU